AGAGAGUCCCCACGAAAAAAAUCAACCUAAAAAAGCGGAGAAGGACAGGAAUGGUGGUGUUGCGGCAGCCGCGGAAGAAGAUUGCGAGAUUCCAUUCCACCACUACUCUCAGUCGUUCCAGAAAUCAUAACAUCUCGCAACCACAACUACAACGACAGCAGCAGCAGCAAAAGCCUAUCUUCUCAAUGGAGGAGAUGAGCUCAUCCUCUUCCCAAGCGUAUCCACGCCGUAUAAAGCAACAGCCGUCCCCCCUCCAGAAGGCGGUGGAAAGCGUCGUUGACUCCAUUCCCAACCAAAGAACCCAUCCUCCAGAUCGUGACUCUCUCUCUCUCUCUCUCUCUCUCUCUCUCUCUCGUGCUUCUUGCGCUCCUUUUAAAAGCUAUCGAUCUGCAGCAGCAGGAGCAGAUGCUACCUUAUCUCACCUUCCUCAUUUAAUUGCUUCGUAUGGGAAUUCCGCCACGGAAAGGACCUUUCCGCGAGUUUCUAGGGUUUCUAGCUGGGAAUCUGCUUCUCUCGGGAUCUGAAUCGUCUAGGAUCGUGAAUUCCUCGUCUUUCCGGGGUUUCAGCUCUGAUUUUUGGUCGAUGAUCUUGUUUUUGUCUCGUGAUUGACUCCGAAAGCUUGAUUUGGGGAAUUCUCACUUCGGAUGCCGUCCUUUUGUGAAAUUCUUGGGGGUUUAGGUGCAGGAUCGCUUUGCGAACAAGUGAAUUGCCUUUUCUUGAGUUCUGUGGUGUCUAGAAGUGUAAAAUCCUCAGUUUUUUUGAGGUUCUGGUGCUGAUAGUCAGUUGACGUCCUAAUGUCAUUUUGUUGCGGUAGCUGCUUAUCAUCUCCUUGAAAUGCGUCUUUUAUGGGGCUUUCGUCGUCCAGAAUUUGAAGUGAUUGAUUUAUCCAUGGAUCAUCUCUUUCUUUCUUCCAAUCUGAAGUGGUCUUGCUUUGAAAAUAUUUCUUUUUUCUUUUUUUUUUUUACUGGGGUCCACUUCGCCUAGAAGCGUGAGAAUUUGAUUAUUUUUACUCUGUUACCUCACUUUCUCUUAGAGUUGAAUCCUAACCGUUCGAUUUUACUGAAUUUCAGGUUUUGGAAGUGUUUCCUGCGAAUUUUACCAUUCAAUUUUAUCGAAUUUCAGGUUUUGGGAGUGUUUUCUGCAAAUUUUACCAUUGGAUUUCUUGUCUUUUUAGUAGAAUGUUGUAGGCUUUCUUGUGUUUCAUCUUGCUACUAGGUGCAACUUUCAUGAUCUGUAUAGCAUGAUUUUCUUGAUUUAGAGUGUUGUAAUUUGGUAUUUUCGCGUUCUUGGUACCAUUUAACAAUUGAAUUUCUCCAGAAAUGUGCAUUUCUAGAACAAUUUUGGUAGAAUCUGCUUGAGAGUCGGUCAGUUUUGUAUUCUUUAACAGCAGGAGUUUUAAACGCAUAUGAUCUUUCUCUAGCUACUUUCUUGGCCUUUUUCCUUCAGAAAUUGUUCAUCACUGGAGAAGAGUUUUUGUUUGAAUUCCAUAUCAUUCGAUCAUGUGACGUUGAGGUUCCUUCUUCCUCAAGAGUUGAGGCAUGUUUGUCUUUGAGCGCCAGUGCCUGACAUGAGGAAAUGAUCUGUAUCAGUAUCUAGCAUUCUUAUAGUGUAUUAACCUCCUCUUGCACUCCAUCCUGUACAAAUGACAAUAUAUUGGAACUUCAGUAGGCUUUCCCAGUUGGCCUUCUUCACCAUUUGUUACAGCAUCAUCUUUGUAAUAGCGCUCAAUGAAGAAGGGACCCAGCUUCUGGAGUUCAAGAAAGCUCUAGUUGAUGAUCACAACAAUCUUCAAAGCUGGAAUUCGUCAGAUUUAACUCCUUGUCGUUGGAAUGGUAUAAGUUGUAUCAAUUCUACGGUAACUUCCAUAAAUCUCCAUUGCUUCAAUUUGUCUGGUAGUUUGUCUACCAGCAUUUGUAACCUCAGUCUCUUAACCACAUUCAACAUGUCAAAAAACAUGAUCUCCGGUCCCAUCCCUAUGGAACUUGCUCAUUGUAGUAGUUUAGAAGUUCUGGACCUUAGCACAAAUAGUCUUCAUGGUGAAAUACCACCUGAACUCUGCGGAAUGUCUUCCUUGAGAAAACUUUACUUGAGUGAGAACUUCCUUUACGGUGAACUCCCGGCGGAGGUUGGUAACUUGACUUCUCUUGAAGAGCUUGUCAUUUACAGCAAUAAUCUCACCGGCAUGAUUCCUUUGUCAAUUAGUAUGUUGAAAAAGCUAUGGGUUAUCCGAGCGGGUCUGAAUUCUCUGUCGGGUCCAGUGCCUGUUGAAAUCAGCGAAUGUGAUAGUCUAGAGAUUCUAGGGUUGGCACAGAAUAAGCUUGAAGGGUUUCUCCCUCGGGAGCUUCAGAAGCUUAAGAAUCUCACCACUUUGAUUCUUUGGCAAAACAGUUUAUCUGGUGAGAUUCCACCUGAGCUCGGCAAUUGCAGUGGUUUAGAGAUGCUUGCCUUGAAUGACAAUAGGUUGAUUGGAGGCAUUCCCAAGGAGCUCGGGAAGUUAUCCAAGUUGAAAAGGCUAUACACUUAUACCAACCAGUUGAGCGGGGCGAUUCCAAGGGAACUAAGCAAUUGCAGGAGUGCCAUCGAGAUUGAUCUUUCUGAGAAUCAAUUAACAGGGUUCAUUCCUGCAGAGCUGGGCCUUAUUCAGAGUCUUCGGUUGCUUCAUCUAUUCGAAAAUCUCCUGCAGGGAAGUAUUCCCCGGGAGCUUGGGCUGUUGCACCAGCUGAGGAGAAUAGAUUUGUCGAUCAAUAAUCUGACAGGUGCAAUUCCAGUAGAGUUUCAGAACCUUACCUCUUUGGAGUAUUUGCAACUCUUCGACAAUAACCUCGAAGGCACAAUACCUCCUCUUCUCGGUGCUAACAGUAAUCUCACUGUUCUAGAUAUGUCUGAGAACAACCUUGUAGGUAGCAUACCAGCAGAACUCUGCAGGUUCCAAAAGUUGAGCUACCUUGGUCUUUGGUCGAAUAGGCUGUUUGGUAACAUACCUGAUGGGUUGAAAACAUGCAAGUCUCUUGUACAGUUAAGGUUGGGGAAUAACCACCUUACAGGUAACCUCCCUGUUGAAUUAUCCAGCGUUCCAAAUCUGAUUGCGCUAGAACUAUAUCAGAACAGAUUUUCAGGGAUGAUAUCUUCGGAAAUAGGCAAGCUUAGAAUCAUCGAGAGGCUCCUUUUGUCAGAGAACUAUUUUGGUGGCCAGAUUCCUCCUGAGAUUGGAGAACUGUCAGAGCUCGUUAUCUUCAAUAUUUCCUCUAACUUGCUUUCCGGAACUAUCCCUCAUGAGCUUGCAAACUGUACAAAGCUCCAGAGGCUUGAUCUUAGCAGAAAUCAGUUCACUGGAUAUGUCCCGGAAGAGGUUGGCAAUCUUGUAAAUCUGGAACUGCUUAAGCUAUCUGAUAACCGACUGAAUGGAACCAUACCAGGCACAUUAGGGGGUCUGUCUCGACUAACAGAGUUACAAAUGGGUGGGAAUUAUUUUUCUGGUCUCAUACCUGCUGAGAUGGGCCAGCUUACUACCUUGCAAAUCACUCUCAAUGUCAGCCAUAACAUUCUUUCUGGGGAGAUACCAUCUGAGCUGGGACGCUUGCAAAUGUUGGAGUCCCUCUAUUUGAACAACAAUCAGCUUGACGGUGAAAUACCUGCGUCAUUUGCUGACCUCUCAAGCCUCUUGGUGUGCAACCUCUCUAAUAAUAACCUGGUCGGUAAAGUACCCAACUCUCCUGCACUACGAAGGAUGGACGACAGCAAUUUUUGGGGGAAUAGUGGCUUAUGCAUUUCAGGUUCAAAUGCUUGCCAGUCAUCUUCAGUGCCAUCUUCUGCUGCACAUCCAAGCUGGAUGGGGAAGGAUGCUUCAAAGGCAAAAAUAAUCAGCAUCUGCGCUGUAAUUGUGGGAUCAAUUUCUUUGAUUCUAACAGUGGGUAUUUGUUGGAUUAUAAAGCGCCGUGUACCUGUCUUUGUUUCACUAGAAGAUCAAAGGAACCAUGUGUCUGAUGACUAUUAUUUUCCCAAAGAAGGUUUCACAUAUCAGGACCUUAUAGAAGCUACUGGAAAUUUCUCAGAGAGUGCAGUUAUUGGAAGAGGAGCUUGUGGCACUGUCUACAAAGCUACUUUGUCUGAUGGUCAGUUGAUUGCUGUCAAGAAGCUGAAGUCCUGUGGAGAAAGUUCGAGUGUCGACAACAGUUUCCAUGCUGAGAUAUCGACCCUGGGGAAAAUCAGACACCGUAACAUUGUCAAACUCUACGGCUUCUGCUACCAUCAAGAUUCGAACCUUCUCCUAUAUGAAUAUAUGGAAAAUGGAAGCCUUGGGGAAUUGCUCCAUGGAAACAGGGAAACAUGCUCUCUGGACUGGAAUACUCGCUAUAAAAUAGCUCUUGGAGCGGCAAAGGGUUUGUGCUAUCUCCACUACGACUGCAGACCUCAAAUCAUCCAUCGUGAUAUAAAAUCCAACAACAUUUUACUGGACGAAGCUCUGGAAGCACAUGUGGGGGACUUUGGCUUGGCGAAGUUGAUUGACCUCUCAAACUCCAGAUCCAUGUCUGCUGUUGCGGGUUCAUAUGGCUAUAUUGCUCCUGAGUAUGCUUACACAAUGAAAGUCACAGAAAAAUGCGACAUUUACAGCUUUGGAGUUGUUCUAUUGGAACUAGUUACUGGGAGGUCUCCAAUUCAGCCCCUUGACCAAGGUGGAGACCUGGCUACUUGGGUGAGGAGAUCUAUCAAGGAUGCAAUGCUGACAUCUUGGGUUUUCGACAGCCGUCUGGAUUUGAGUGGGAGGAGGACAGUUGAAGAGAUGUCCCUGGUACUCAAAAUCGCAUUGUUUUGUACCAGCAUGUCCCCGUUUGAUAGACCGAACAUGAGAGAGGUCAUCGCGAUGUUGAUUGAUGCUAGGGAGACCUCAUGCGUCACUCUAUCCUCUCCUACAUCUGAAACGCCUUUAGACGAGGAUUCUGCUUUCAAAGGCCAUGGUGCGACAACUUCAGGAACCGCACCGCCUUUUCCCACCAAAAUAUCACUUUCAUAGAAAAUUGCUAUCAUGAAAAUGAGGUUCCAACAUGAAGAUCAAACCUCUCAAUAAUCAGCCUAUCUGCUCACAUGAAUGUUGAGUCAGACCGUCAAUUGUUAAUUGAUUCCAACAGUGCAGCCUACCUGAUGAGCAGAGAGGCCUGACUUUUACGCCCAGUGAUGUUCACGGUAGAGCAUAGGCCUACUGUUUUCAUGGUACUGAUCUCCAACAAAAGUGGCAUUUUCUCUUUUUAUUUUUACCUGGUUUAAAAAAGGUAUGGAACACAUGCUCACCUCAUGACCAGAUUUCAGAUCUGGUAUUGAUUUUUGAGUAGUCUAUUGAUUAAUUCAAAGAAAUUGUACUGUGUAGAGGUUGAUUAGAAGAUUUUGCAGAUGGGGAUCAGUGAGACUGGUGGAGAAUGGAGCAGAAGGCUGUUUGAUUGCAUUUCAAACAUGACACCAGAAAGUUGUCUGCCGGUGCCAAUAAUCAAGUAGAGUUAUUUCCAUUGUGAUUUAUGUAAUUUGGAGGAGAAGCAUACAACUGUUUCUCUCUCUCUCUCUCUCUCUCUCUCUCUCUCUCUCUCUCUCUCUCUCUCUGCCAGUGCCAAUAAUCAUGUAGAGUUAUUUCCAUUGUGAUUUAUGUAAUUUGGAGGAUAAGCAUACAACUGUUACUUCCUC